AUGAACUCAUCAACUCGAUCUUCGAACUUGGUCAUCAUCGACUCAUCCGCGUACGAAUGGGAUGAGAGGUUCAUCAGCGGCCAGCCCCAAACCUAUCAGUCACAAAACACUCCAUUUGUUGUAGGCAGAUCCGAAAUAGCGUCGAGCCAUGUGCCUACCGCGGCUAACGAACUCAUCGAUUGCUUUUUAACUGUACUGGGUGAUCGUGGUGUGCCACAUGGGCCCAGUACUUAUCAAGACCUGGACCUUCGAGCUUUAUGUACCGGAUGCAACAUGAAAACAGUCGAAGAUGGUCUGGAGGACAACGUCAAGAAGCCCAUUGCACUGCUGGAUGACAGAUCUCGGUUGGCCGACAAGCAACUGGCUGUAGCAGGAUACAGGCGUGCAAAUCCUGGGCUGUUAAACGUGAGCCAACUAGAUACAAUUGCCGUGGCCAGCCCGAUGCUGAAAGAAGGCUUUUGUGAGAUGCUUAUGCACGAGAGAUUAUAUCAGAGCCUCACUAACGUACUUACUAGAUAUGUGACAAAUCCAGACAGUUGGGUGAUCAUGGUCUUGCUGUCCACCGCAUCUCCCGAGCAAGCACUGUACCUCACCGAGUUUUUCUACAAGUACCUCGGCUCUAAAACUUCCCUUGGCAUACAUCGCCCGCCACGAGGAGUUCUUUCUUUCGCAUUGGAGUUUCACUUACAGUUCUAUGUCUGGCGCGAAGAAGAUGUAUUGCGGGAAGAUCCGAGAAAGAAGAAGAGCGAUAAGCCCCUGCGAAGGUCGUUUCGACUUAACCACAUUGAUGAAGCAGUUUCCGAAGGGGUUUCUCAGGUCUGCAUUUACGAGGCCCAGAUCUCGUGUCUAGUAGCAGGCCUGGACAACCAUUCAUGGAUGGCAUAUCUGUUCAUCGACACAUACUAUCAGGAAGACUCCUCUUCUGAGAGUGUGGGGUAUUAUAACUCCCAGGAAGACCUCAGAACGGAUCCUCUCGCAGCUGGCACAGUGGACUCUGAUCUGCCAAUAUGGACUCCGAGAGAGUACUUCCUCGUUGUGUACGAGUGUCGGCUGAAGCAAGUCAAGCACGCUCUUCAGAACCUGGUCUCGAGACUGUUGCUGAAGCUGGAGCCCUACGUAAGAUUUCAAUCUUCGCUGAAACCGAUCUUCUUAGAACUGACAUCGUGGCCUCAACUGAAGAUUCAAGAUUCCAUGACCCUUGCCCCUCGUCCUACAGACGAAGGCAUCUCACCAGCCCAAAAGAAGAAGAUACAGCAGAUGUUGAACGAAGCCAGUAGGGUGUUACGACAAACCAUUCACUCGAUCUGUAAGGCCGUCGAGGUCUGGGACAGAUUCAGCAACCGGGAUGCAGCCUACCUAUCAGACAUCCUCCGACCUAGAAGCGGCAGGCCGGACCCGAUCCCCCCUUUUAGAGUUGUUGCCAGAAUAGGGGAGCACAUCGACGGACUGAGGGAUCUUCAGCGUCUCGCCGAACAGCAGCAAGAACUUUGCGCGGGCCUUGCCCGUGAGCUGGAAAUGGAGCUCGUCAUGGAAGACAACGAGAUCACUGUCCAGCAACAGGCAACGGGCGAAUUACUAAAGACCUUGACAGCAAUCAGUGUACUAUUCCUACCCCUGACGGCCACGGCUGCUCUGUUCAGCAUGCAGCCAGGCGUUCUACCCCCUAGCUUCUACACCGGAAAGUCAUUUCUGCUUUGCUGGCUCCUGCCCACGUUUGUUGCAGUGGUAGCUGGUGUAUACUACAACCGAAAAUCGUUCCGGCUGAGCCGUUCUCGAAGAGGAGAGGCCUCGCUCCAGGAUCACAUCUACUCACUACAAAUGCGAGGCCGGUAUACCGAGUCGGCAAGGUCUUUGCUCUCAAUGGGAGCAGAUAUCUCAUACAGGGAUGAUAUUGAACUUGGGCCUGUUUCACGUGUGGCGAGCUUUCUUGACUAG